AUGCUUUUGCUUUCGGCGCUGGAAGCUCAAAAACAUAUCCAAAACUAUUUGUCCGAUAUGCGUAUACAACAAUUAAUGAACAGUAGUAGAACCCCUUCCCCAAUGAAUAAUAGUAGCCGUUUUACUCCUUCGCCUUCUUCAAAUACGUAUUACGUUGAGUCCCCAGAACCUUCACAAUCAUGUAUUGGAGCAUACAAUACAUACAUUUUGUCAUUGGACUUAAUAUCAAAAGAAACAACAUUCACCAAGUGGAUGGAAGUCUUAAGAUCUGUCAUGGAAAGGCCCGUCCCAGUUCAAACAUUAGAAGUUGAAGAAGAAGAGAGAUUACAAUUGCCAUGGUGGAAAUGCAAAAAAUGGGCCAUCCAUACUUUAUACCGACUUUUUGAAAGGUAUGGGAGCCCAGUAAAUGCUCGUGAGGAGUAUGUAGAGUUUGCUGAUUGGUACUUGACUACUUUUACUGGAGGGAUCUUAGAUGUAUUGUUCAGAAUUCUAGAUCAAUAUAGAAACAAGAUUUAUGUAUCACCUCGAGUUUUGCAACAGUCUAUAAGUUACAUUGAUCAAUGUGUGAGUCAUGCUUAUUCUUGGAAACUCCUGAAACCACAUAUGUUUGCCAUCAUCCAAGGUGUGCUGUUUCCCCUUAUGUCAUAUUCUGAUGCUGAUGAAGAAUGUUGGGUAAAUGACCCUUAUGAGUACAUAAGAAUAAAAUUUGAUGUAUUUGAAGAUUUUAUAUCGCCAAUUUCUGCAGCUCAAACACUCUUGAUGUCUUGUUGUAAAAAGCGGAAAGAAAUGUUGGAAAGGACUAUGCAAUAUUGUAUGGAAGUUUUGACUAGCUCAAGUGGAGCCUAUGGUCCUAGACAGAAGGAUGGUGCAUUGCACAUGGUUGGCACACUUAAUGAAAUUCUAAUUAAAAAGAAAUUCUAUAAAGAGCAAAUUGACUCCCUUUUAAGUCAAUUUGUGUUCCCAGAAUUUCACAGUCAAUGUGGAUUCAUGAGAGCAAGAGCAUGCUGGGUCCUUCACUGUUUUGCUCGUGUCCAUUUCAAGAAUGAAGUCCAGCUAGCUGAGGCAGUGAGACUUUCAAUUCAUGCACUGUUGCAUGAUGCAGAUUUGCCAGUUAAAGUUGAAGCUGCAGUUGCCAUACAAAUGUUGUUAACUUCUCAAGAAAAGGUUCACCAGAUGUUGGAACCGCAGGUUAAGGAAGUUACAUGUGAACUACUCAAAGUUAUAAGAGAAACAGAAAAUGACAACAUUGCAAAUGUGCUGCAAAGAAUUGUUUCUGUCUACACUGAACAAUUAAUGCCUAUGGCAGUUGAAAUUGCGCAUCAUCUAUCCCAAACAUUUAUUAGGGUAAUUGAAACUGAUAGUGGGACAGAUGAAAAGGCGAUAACAGCUAUGGGAUUGAUAAACACAAUGGAGACUGUGCUCAAUGUAAUGGAAAAUGUGAAUCUCAUUUUAAAUGUUACAGGUUACAUAUUGUACCAUGAUAUCAUUGAAUACUAUGAAGAAGCAAUGACACUUCUUUGCACUGUUACUACAAAAAGAAUUUCGAAAAAUAUGUGGUCAGUUCUAGAAAUACUGUAUAAAGUAUUUGAGAAAGAGGCUAUGUUCAAUAUGGCUAAAGCGGUUCUAAACUCAGGAUUAGAAGAUGAGACUGAAGUACAUGCAGCAAAACUUCUUGAAGUUAUGGUUCUGCAAUGCUCUGGAAAAAUUGAUAAUUGUCUUCCUUCAUUUGUGGAGCUUGUACUAAAUAGAUUGACAAGGAAAGUUAACUCAUCUGAGUUGAGGUCCAUGUUAUUACAGGUCAUCAUAGCAAUACUGUAUAGCAAUCCUCACCUCUUCGUUAACAUUUUGAUGAAAUUUCAAGAAUCUGUACAUAGUGUAUCUAUUAUACAGUUCUUUAUGGAACAAUGGUUACAUGACACUGACUGUUUUAUAGGACUACAUGACCGCAAGUUGUCAGUACUCGGAAUUUGCACUAUUUUAGAAAUGGGUCCUCAAAGGCCAAGCAUAGAUGAGGUUCUGCCAAAGAUUUUACCAACUUGUUUAGUACUUUUUGAAGGAUUAAAAAGAGCGUAUGAAGCAAAAGUUGAGGCUGAUGAUGACACUUCCUCUGAAGAGGAAGAUGACGACGAUGACGAAGAGGUGCUUUCUUCCGACGACGAUGACUUCAAUCAAAUGAACAAUCAAUACUUAGAAAACCUUGCUCGUUUAUCUGCAAAAAAGGGCGCUGAACAGAACAUCACAAUUACAGCUAACAUUGAAUUUGAAAGUGAUGAUGAUGAUGAUGAUGGCUAUGUUGACGAAUCUGCUAUUGAUUGCUACACAACCACACUGCAUAUGAAAGAUUGUACAGUUGAUGAGUACGUCAAAUUUAAAAAUACCCUAUCAGCACUUUCCACAAGUGAACCUGCACUUUAUCACGCUCUAAUGGGUGGUCUAAAUGAAGAGCAGAAAAAACAACUGAAUGCCGUCUUUGUCCUGGCUGAUCAACGAAAAGCACAACAAGAUAGCAAGCGCAUUGAACAGAGUGGUGGAUACUCCUUUACAGUUCCAGCACAAGUACCAACCACCUUUAAAUUUGGUUCAUAA